AAUAAGACAGGCAUGAGGGCUGCGGCUCUCAGAGGGAGGGAAACACCAGCUUGGCUGUCUGCACCGUAGUUAGACGGUAGAAAACAUUUUCAUAACGAACAGCAGUGAAGUCUGAGCCACCGUAGGCCACUCAGACUUCCGUCACCUCAGUCAAAAGAUCAUCAGCACUAAAACAGGGCAAAAUGAUUUUUCUAAUGGACCUUCAGAUGAUGCUGCUGGAUGUGAUUUACUUCAUCCUGCGCAACUCUGUCCGGGUCAUCAUGCGUCCGCGCACCAAGCCCAUCGAUGGAGAGCUGGUGCUUAUCACCGGAGCUGGAGGAGGCCUGGGUCGACUCUUUGCUCAGGAAUUCACCAAGCACGGGGCGGAAGUGGUGCUGUGGGACCUAAACAGCAGCUCAAACGAGCAGACAGCCAAGCUGGUGCGGGAUAUGGGGGGAAAAGCGCACACAUACACAGUGGACGUGACCAACCGGGAUGACGUGUAUCGCAACGCAGACUGUGUACGAAAGGAUCUGGGCCGGGACGUUACAAUGCUGGUGAACAAUGCCGGAGUGGUGGCCGGGCAUCGUAUUCUAGACUGUCCUGAUGAACUGAUGGAGAGGACCAUGAAAGUCAACUGCCAUGCACUGUUCUGGACGGUGAAAGCUUUCCUCCCUCAGAUGAAGGCCCAGAAUCAUGGACACAUUGUAACCAUCGCCAGCGUCCUCGGCCUCUUCAGCACAGCUUGUGUGGAGGAUUAUUGUGCCAGUAAGUUUGCAGCAGUGGGCUUCCACGAGUCCCUGGCCCAUGAGCUGCUGUCGGAAGAGGUUGAAGGUGUGAAGACAACUUUAGUGUGCCCCUACAUUGUGGACACGGGAAUGUUUGAGGGCUGCAAGAUUCGGGAGGAAGUGGAGCUGGUCCUACCCCCUCUGGAGCCCCAGUACUGUGUUGAACAAGCAAUGAACGCGAUCCUAAUCGAUCAACCAUUAGUGUGCAUCCCCCGCCUCACCUACCUGCCUUUCCUGUCCAGAGCGUUGUUGCCAUGGGAAUCUAAUGUGGCUACCUAUCGCUUCAUGGGUUCAGACAAGUGCAUGUACCCCUUCAUUGAGAACCAGCAGCAAAAAGUGAUCAGUAGCACCGUAAUGGUGGCAUAACCUUACUGUGGCACGCUGACGGGAAUCCAGGCCCAAAAAAUGAAAACACGCAUAAUUUAAAGGGUUUGUUAUAUAUGAAAAGGAUUUUUUUUCUAAAUAUAUGGGGAAAAGUAUGAGGCAUUGCCCAGUAGCAGCCAUGACUGAGUCAAUGGCCGGAUAUCAGACAGGGAUUUUAAAUUUUGGGGAUGAUGUUUCAGAAGUCUGUACUGGAUGACUACUCAGCCAAGCAGCCAUCAGCACCGAAGAGAGACUACUGAAAUGUUCUCAUGAAGUUUAAAGUCUCCCCGCCCCCCCUCAAACAACGGCACCACAAACUUAAAAAAUGGCCCGACACUGUUUAAAUCUCGGACUGAUCAAAAUGGGAACCUGUCUUUACCUGUAACUAAACAAUGGCAUUGAUUUUUUUGUGCUUUAUUAAAAACACGAUAUAAAAGAAACUC